UCGGCCUGGCCCAAUAACUGUGUGUUAAUAUGAUAAACAGGUCCAGGGGUAGGGUCUGGAGUUCAGAAAGAGAAUCAGAUUCGUUUCUAUCAACUUCUAUUAUCAACAGCACAAAGGCACAUCACAACAGGAAGAAACCAUGCCAAAGAACAAGGGAAAGGGAGGAAAGAACAGAAAGAGAGGCAAGAAUGAAGCAGAUGAUGAAAAGCGUGAACUUGUGUUCAAGGAAGAUGGGCAAGAGUAUGCCCAAGUGCUUCGUAUGCUAGGCAAUGGCCGUUGCGAAGCCACGUGCAUUGAUGGCACCAAGCGCCUUUGCCAUAUCCGUGGAAAGAUGCACAAGAAGGUUUGGAUUGCUGCUGGUGAUAUAAUUCUUGUUGGGCUUCGUGACUAUCAGGAUGACAAGGCUGACGUGAUCCUUAAGUACAUGCCUGAUGAAGCAAGACUCUUGAAAGCAUAUGGUGAGCUUCCAGAAAACACGCGACUUAAUGAAGGUAUUGUCGAUGAGGAGGAUGAAGGAGGUGCAGAUGAUUAUGUCGAGUUUGAAGAUGAAGAUAUAGAUAAAAUCUAGGGUUUCGGAAUUGGUAUUGUUUGAAUCAUGUGUUUAAAUGUUAGAAGAAAGAUACGGAUGCUGCUGGUGGCUACUGUUAAGAAGCCUACAAUGUGGGAUUUCUCCCAUAUGGCACAAGUUUAGAUUUAUAAGUGGUGAAUGUAUGUUGUUAAUUUUACUCAAAAGUGUGUUCCUUAUCUCAAAUAUACUUUUAUAGAGAUGAUAAUGUAAUUUAAGCUUAUUAUGAGCAUUUUGUCA